AUGGAUGCUGACAAAACAUCCGAAAAUGAAUUAUAUUUACCUACAAGUGAUAGUUUUUGGGAGAUUGGAAAAUAUCAUCGGGUUGUUAAACGUUGUGAUGAUGGAAAUAAAUUAACAACCGAUUUAAUGAGUAUGAUAACAGAACGGGCUGAAUUAGAAAAACAAUUUUCAAAAAUGUUAAAAAACUGGUCAAAAAAAUGGUCAGAUUAUGUACAAAAAUCUCCCGAAUUUGGUACAAUGGGAUCAGCAUGGAAAGCAGUUAUGAAUGAAGCUGAUUCAUCAGCUGAUUUACAUUUAAAUGUACAUGAUGAACUACAAUCUGACGUUGUUCCAACAAUAAAACAAUGGCAAAAAACUAAAUAUGUUAAAUCAAUGAUGCAUAUUAAGCCAACAAAAGAUUUUGAAGAAGAAUUUAAACGAGCACAAAAACCGUGGGCAAAAUUAUAUACAAAAGUCGAUAAAUAUAAACGUGACUAUCAUACAGCAACAAAAAAUUUAAAAAUGGCCGAAACACAAGAAAAUAAUUCUAAAUUAGAUGCUUCUGUAACGGCUGAUCAAAAACAAAAAGCAACAGACAAAGUUGAUAAAUGUCGAAAAGAAAAAGAUGCAGCUAGAGUUAAAUAUACCGAAGCUAUACAAGAAUUAAAUCGAUGUAAUCCAAAAUAUAUGGAUGAUAUGAAUGAAGUAUUUACAAGAUGUCAAAGUUUUGAAAAAGAUCGUUUAAUUAAUUUUCGAGACUUUAUUGGAAAAACACAAAAAUGUCUCGAUUUAAGUAGUCGUCCACAAUUACCAAUUAUAUUUCAACAAUUUUCUCAAACAAUUAAAAAUACUGACGCCGAUCGUGAUCUAAGUUAUUGGUCAGAAACAUAUGGCGCUGGAAUGAAAAUGAAUUGGCCAAUUUUUGAAGAUCAUGUACCCGUAUUUUCGAAAACACAUCACUAUCAUCCUCAAUUUGAUUAUCAAUUUCAAUCAAAUACAAUCAAUAAUAAUAGUAAACGUUUAUCUUAUUGUGAUCCAACAACUACCACAUUCUUCUCUUAUUCUAAUGGAAAUGAUAAUGGUUUGGAUACAAAUAAUAAUCAAAAUAUUAAUGAAAUAAAUAAAAAACAACGUUUAUCCACUACACGUUUAUCAAAUUUUGUUAAUCAACAUAGUUCACGUUUACGUCAUCCAACCAUUCAUUUAUCAUCAUAUGAUGGUCGAAUAUUAAUUGAUUCAUAUGCCACAAUAAGACGUUCAAUGCGUCGAACAGGACAAAUGGCCUAUGCAGCUGUAACAAAAGUUCGUGAUUUAGCAAAUACAACAUCAACAACAUCAACAUCAACAAUCAAUAGAGUUAAAAUUGAACAAGAAGAAUAUGCAGAAACUAAUCGUACAUUAUCUCGUCGUGGGAAAGGUGGUGAUAUUGAAAAAGAUCCCGUUAUAAUGACAGGAAUUCGAUCAAAUCAAACAACAUCAGGUGGCCAACAACUAUCAACAACAUCACUUUUGAAUGAUAGUCAUGGUCGCUCUUCUAUAAAUAAUGCUGCAUUCAAUGAGGAGGAUUUUUCUUCGUGUAUAUCAUCAUCGACACCAUCAUCGCCCUAUCUUAGUGGCGGUAGUGGCACUAAUCAUGGCUCUGUUAGUAUGACAACAAAUCCAAUGUCAUCUUAUAUGAAUGCGGAUACGAUAGCACCACCAGCCGCUGGUUGGGCAUCGUGGUCAAGUUCGGAUCCAGCAUAUUCUACAAGUAAUGGUAGUGGAAAUCCAUCAUUACAAUCGUCUUUAUCACAUCCACAUCAUUCACUUCAACAAACUUCAUCCUAUCCACAGACAACAAAUCCAUUUUAUGAUGACGAUGAUGACGAUUCUUUGCCACCUCAAUCGUCAUCACAUAUGCCCGAUGGUGUAACUGUUCGAGCACUGUAUGAUUAUGAUGCACAAGAACAAGAUGAACUUUCAUUCAAACAAGGCGAUUUAUUCACCAAAUUAGAGGAUGAAGAUGAUCAAGUGGCCCCUCUGAACCCGCUAGCUGGUAAAGGGUUAAUCUAUGGGCUAUGUAAUGGUGUAAAAAAUUUUGUUACAAGUGGGGAACUUGUGGAAAAAAUGUAUAAGUUAAAAAUAGCCUCUACAUUAACGACCUCCUUGGAAAAAUCAAUUUUUAUUGACUUAAGUCAAUUUAAUGCUGUAAAAGAAGUGUAUAACGAUUGGUAUUGUGGUGUUUAUAUACCAGCGGUCAAUGUAAAAGAAACGGAUAACUGUCUUGUCCAAGUACUUGGCUGA